AUGACAGAACACGAAAAAACAGUAAUUAGAGAUGCUUUUAUCCAAAUUCAUCGCCGAACAUGUAUUAGAUUUAGUGAAUUAGAUUAUAAACCUUGGUAUCAUGCAGAACGUUGGGCAGAAGGAAAGCCUUAUAUUGUUAUUAGAAAAAGCAAAAAAUUUUCUGGUUAUUCUGAUAAUAAUAUUGAAGAUGUAAAUAGACGGUCUUUAAUUUAUUUAUCAGAACAGUCAUUGAAUAGUCAAAAUGUUAAUAAUUCUAGAGGAAUGGUAAUGGAACAAUUAUUAAAAUUUAUGGGUUAUAGAGAAGAAUUUCUUAGACCAGAUGCCCCAUCAUAUAUUCAAUUAAUUACUGAUAAUAACUCAAAAAAUACACAACAAUUACUUAAAAAUACACCAAAAUUUUCAAAUGAACAAUUAAUGUGGCCCUUUGAUCCAGAAUCAAUAACAAUUCCUUCAACAGCUAGAGAAUGGUUUCAAUUAACAAUUUACUGUCAGGCAAGAAGAAAUUCUGAUAUUGGGGCUGGGCAAAGAGCUGGAUUAUUAACUAGAUGGGAUGCUGUAAAACUUAAUUCAAUGUAUUGCCCACAGGCUGUUGGGUAUGCUGAUCCAAGAAUGGGACCUUGUGUUGUACCCAGAAAACCAAAAAUUUAA